AUGAGCAGUUCUCCUCAAGGGGCUACAGCCAAGGAUGGUUCCCCAGGAGACAAUCUUCCUCGGGAAAGUUCUCAGAGUUAUUCCUAUCCUGCCCAGAAAAAGCAGCAGUUUUCACAGGGAUAUCCUUCCUCUUCUCAGCAGUCCCAGCCUUCAGUCCAGGUUCUACCUUCACAGCAAGAUACUCCAAAAAUUGAUUAUCAGCCAUCAAGGAGUCCUGCUUCUGACAAAACCAAGCAACUGCAGCCUUUAAAUGGGGUUCCGGGUCAUCAAAGGUCCAAUCAGCAGCCCCCGCCCCAGCCCCAGCAACAGCUGCCCUCAGUUCGGGUUCUUCCUUUGCCAGAAAAUCCUCCAAAAGGCAAUUACCAUCCACCAAGUUUUCAAACAUCGGACCACUUCGUGGAGCCUUCAAAUGGGAUUCCUUCGCAAGGAUAUUCUACAAAAGAUAAUCAUCAUCUUCUGAGUGAUCAAAGUUCCAACCAGCCCCCUUCAAAACAAAAUCCUGGAAAAAAUGAUCAUCAUCCACCAAGCAAUCAAACUUCCCACGGUUACCAGCCUAGACAGCCUCCAAAUGAGGUUCCCUCGGGAAUUUAUCUUUCAAGAGAUAAUCUUCGGAGCAAUCAGCCCCAGAAAAAGCAGCCUCCAAAUGGGUUUCUUUCAGAAGAGCAGCAUCGUUCAAAGGACAAACAUCCUCCCACCGAUGAAAAAAGUUCCAACGUCUAUUCUCAGCAGGACCUUCCUUCAGCUCUACCGGCUCCUACAAAAACCAAUUUACAAGUGCCAAGUACUGCACAAGGUAAUCUUCCCAAGCAGCAGGCGCCUAUAUUUCAGGCAGAUCCUCCUUUACAACCACAAGAAGAUGAAUAUCCCAUCAAAAAUUAUGCAGGGAUUGAUGCUAAAGGCAAAGUAUUGGGUAACGAUGCACCCGUGUUAGCUUUUCCAGAUCCGAGCUAUUUACCAGAACGCUACCUUAAUCAGCUACCGCUGAAUGUUCCUCCCGCUCCUCCUCCUCCUCCUCCACGUACUUGUUGUUGUAGCAUCUUAUAA